AUGUUGUGGUUACUCCUUAUGGAUAAGCAGAGUACUUCGUCGUCACCAGCCUUUGGAAAGGUUAGAGUUGCUACUUCUGCAGCAAGCAGGGCUGUAUCGGUGGCAUCGACCGCCCCUCCUUCAAGUCCAAGCAACAAGUUGACAUCAUGUGCAGCCACUUAUACACAAGACCAUUCCAUGACAUUAUCACAAUCGACAAUAACACUCCAAUACAACAAACAGAAGUUAUCCAAACAUUCAUCGUCAAGACAGAAGAAAAGAGGCAACAACAACAACAGUCAUCACAACCAUAAUAACAACAACAAUGACAACACUGUCAUUGAUAUACCACUGGAUGUCGUCCAACAACAACAACAACAACAACAACAACAAUCUAUGGCCACUGCUACAUCAUCUUCAAAGAAGAAGAAGAAUAAGAUUGAUAUAACACAUUUAUUGGUUACCAGACCAACAUAUCACCAUCCAAACUAUGACGAAGGACAUCUUCCAACCAAAAAGGGCAAUCCCAAUCAAUCUGCCAGACAAUAUCUAAAGUCAAAUUAUUACUUUAAGGUUAAUCCAUAUGGAAACUAUCAAUCAACUAUACAAAAUCCUGCAUCCCUUGUCGCGUGGAAUAAGAUUGAACAAGUGUUGUACCUUCAGUCCACUGAGAGCUUGGCGUGUCCAAUCUGUUUCGAGACGCCCGUUGCUCCGAGGGUGUCAAGAUGUGGACACAUCGUUUGCUAUGGAUGUUUGUUGAGGACAUUGUCCGACAACAAUAGAUGUCCUGUGUGUCUUAGACCAACGAAUGAGUCGGACUUGAAGAGUGUGUAUAUUAAGAGAUCCACGAGCUAUCGGCCAGGCGACACAAUCGAGCUCAGACUGCUAAAGUUCAAAGAGGGUACGACAAUACCCUAUCUCUAUGAACAACAGAUACCUGAUACAGUUGGACUGCCAAUGCACAACCAAGAGAAUGCCAUCUUCUCGCGGUUCUCAAUCAUUGAAAACAUUGACGACAUUGUCCAGAGUGAACGAGAGCAAUUGGCGACAGCCAAGGAGGCGGCGCUCACACAGGGCGAGUUUGAAACAGUCAGAUAUCUUUCGAUGGCCGAGAAGCAGGUCGAAGACCGCUUGGAAUCAUUCCGAACAUUGACCGAGAGGAAGCAUUUGGAGUCCCAGCAUGCUGUAUAUUUGACAUCGAUUCCACGAUAUAAUCCAAACAGAAAGACCAGUGAUCCAUUGCAUCACUAUCAUUGUAGCAACAAUAAUGAUAUCAAGUAUGCCUUACAGGACUAUUACUAUCUCCAAGAGGACUGGGAGAUGGACAACAUGGACGAACAAUUGGACUGGAGGUUCAACUCAACAUCAUCAAUGGCCACAUCUGCAUCCAUGGAGGAGCAGACAUCUGCUCUUGUUGCUGCCUCUGACGCUGCCACCGACCAACAAGAGACAGGAGACAAAGACCAGGACAACAUUGUCGACAAUGAUGUGGAUGAUGACAAGGAGUUUACAUUCUACAACACAGCAAUUGAGGGAGUGUAUUAUUACUAUCAAUCUACGGAUGGACAGCCGAUAUAUCUCCAUCCGUCAUUAUCAAUGGAGACACAUGAGAUUACUGCUCAUUCAAAGUAUAAGGCACUGAGCAUGCUGGCACCUACCACUCAGAUCACCUUUGUCACUCUGACUCUUCCUCCAAGUCUUCAAACAGAUGGAGGGCAACAACAAUAA